CCCGACUCCAGCCAUGACCUCGCCUGGUCCGAAGGUCGACGACCUUGAGAUCAUUGAACACCACCACGAUGAUAGACCUGUCGGCGAUGAGGAGUUUGGCGGGACCGAAGCGCGGAAGAAAAUGGAGAAGAAGCUCCUUCGGAAAUUAGACUUGCGGAUGUCGAUAUUGAUUAUCAUCUACAUUCUCAACUACAUCGACCGGAACAAUGCCUCUGCAGCGAGGUUGCGUGGAUUCGAAGUCGAUCUCCAUCUCGAAGGGCAGCAAUUCGACACGCUGCUAAGUAUCCUGUAUGUCGGGUACAUACUCAUGCAGGUGCCCUCAAAUAUGCUACUCAAUCACAUAGGAAAGCCAUCAAUAUACCUUCCUUGCUGCAUGAUCAUAUGGGGGGCCAUCUCGUGUUUGACGGGUGUGACGACCAGCUUCGUCGGUGCUCUGUUGACUCGUUUCUUCCUCGGCUUUGUCGAGGCAGCAUUCUUCCCAGGAGCAUUGUUCCUCCUCUCGAAAUGGUACACGCGGUCAGAGCUUGGUGUCCGCACCGCGGUGCUUUCAUGUGGCAGUUUGAUUAGCAAUGCGUUCGGCUCGCUCAUUGCAUCAGGAAUUCUGAACGGCAUGGAGGGCAGGCUUGGUCACGCAGCUUGGCGGUGGCUGUUCUACAUCGAGGGCUCGCUUACCAUCUUUGCUGCUGCGUGUGCAAUCCUCGUCCUGCCGGACUUUCCCGAAACGUCUCAUACUUGGCUAAGCCCGCUGGAGGUCCGACUCGCAGAGAAGCGUAUGGAAGAGGAUGUUGGUGUAGGAGACGAAGCACCAAAAGAAGGCCACAGCCAACUGGAAGGCCUUACGCUGGCGCUCAGCGACUGGAAGAUCUGGUGCCUUGCGCUGGCACUGACCAGCAUGGUCAUUUCACUGUCAUUCAAUGCUUUCUUCCCGACCUUGAGCGCCACCAUGGGAUUCUCCACUACAGUCACACUGCUACUCUGCGCCCCGCCUUGGGCGUUCGCGACCUUGGUUGCGUUUGCAGUUACAAGGCACUCUGAUAGUACUCGCGAGAGAUUCUGGCAUAUUGCCAUCUCCUUGAUGUUCGGCAUCGUUGGGUUCAUCAUUGCGGUCUCCACUAUGAACACCGCCGCACGAUACGUAUCCCUGUUCCUGAUGGCUCAGUCAUAUGCUGCUUUCAUCACGUUCCUCGCGUGGAUCAGCAACUCGAUCCCGCGACCACCUGCGAAGAGAGCCGUUGCUCUCGCUUUCAUCAAUGCGUUCUCGCAGCUCGGAAAUAUAGCCGGAUCUUAUGUCUGGCCGUCAAAUUGGGGCCCCACCUACCGCUACUCAUAUGCGAUCUGUAUUGCCACCAAUGGCUUCUGUAUUGUCAUAUGCUACAUCUUCAAAAGACACCUCGAACAUAUGAACCGCAAGUUUGAGAGAGAGGAAGAAGAAGAAGGACGCCUGAAGGGAUUCCGCUACAUAUCCUGAUGUCAUCAAUUCAUGUCAUUAAUGUCAAAACGACUGCAAUGUAUUUCCUGUGCUCCG